GCCCAAAUUAAAUCCUAUCGGCUGACUCUAAUUGUCAAAGUCAGUCGUCGCCGUCGUCGUUACUUCCAUCUCAAUCUCAUCCUCUAUUAUAAUUCAGAGCAUAUUUGAAUUUUCCUUUCUGUGCACAUAUAUAUACCGCACGCCGAGAGCUCACCGAUUUCGUGGACGCUAAUUUCUCCACCGGAUAUUCAAGCUCUAAGCUCGAUUACACGUCAAUCAAUCGGAAUUGAGAUAAAAGUGGUUAGGAAGGGGAGAGAAUUAUAACAUCCAGCAACACCUUCACCUAAUCCAAAUAAUCAAUGGCAAUGGCAAUGGCAUUUCUUGGUGAUGUGGUGGUGGUGUUAGUAGUAGCAUUGGCGGUGGCAGCAGAGGCCCAGCAAAGCUACGUAAACAACAAGCAGCUCAGGUGCGAACAAAGCCCCAACACCACUCUAGGAUUCGUGUGCAACGCCGCCCCCUCGUGCACCGCCUACCUCACCUUCCGAUCCACCCCCGUCUACAACACCCCCGUCACCAUCGCCUACCUCCUCUCCGCCAACGCCUCCCAGAUCGCGGCCGCCAACAACAUAUCCGACAUCACCCCUCUCCCCACCGACACCCUCCUCAUUGUCCCCAUCCCCUGCUCCUGCUCCUCCAUUUACUACCAGCACAACGCCUCCUACACCCUCAAAUCCCUGGGCGAGACCUACUUAUCUGUCGCCAACAACACCUACCAGUCCCUCUCCACCUGCCAAGCCCUCAUGGCGCAGAACCCCUACGAUCUCCUCCACCUCCUCCCCGAAAUGACGCUUGCCGUUCCCCUCCGCUGUGCCUGCCCCACUCCCUCUCAGACCGCCGCCGGCUUCACUUCUCUCCUCACCUACCUCCUCCGUCAGGGGGAGGACGCCACCUCUGUUGCUGCCAAGUUCGCUGCUGCUGGAGCCGACGUCCCCGCCAUCAUGGAUGCUAACAUGCUCAACCAAACCUCCACCAUCUUCUACUUCACUCCACUCCUCGUCCCUCUCAAAACCGACCCCACUCUCCAAAACACCAACACCAACACCACCCCCGCCCCCUCCCCGCCACAGCCUCUCCCCACCACCAGCCCCGCCUCUUCCCACAAGUGGAUUUUCAUCGGUGUGGGAAUCGGGGCUGCUCUUUUGGUAAUCCUUUCUGUGAUCGCUCUAGUCUGGUUAUUCCGCCGCCGCAGCAGCCACAAAUCCUCCAGUCCUCUGCCUACAAAGGAGGAGGUGCCGCGGCCGCCAUUGUCGGAGUUGUCCCAAGGCAUCCGGAGCGCCAUGGAAACUCUGAGCUUAUACAAGCUGGAAGAAUUGGAGAUUGCCACUAACUCUUUUUCAGAAUCCAACAGAAUUGCAGGAAGCUCGGUGUAUCGUGGCUGGUUCAAUGGUGAUGAAGCCGUGGUGAAGGUAAUAAAAGAAGACGUCUCGGGCGAGAUCAAUACGCUGAGACAGAUAAACCAUUCCCGCAUCAUCAGGCUGUCAGGCUUCUGCCUCCACCAGGGCACCACCUAUCUCGUGUACGAGUACGCCCACAACGGCUCUCUCAAGGAUUGGCUGCACAAGCCUCACCUUAAUUGGAAACAACGGAUCCAGAUAGCCUACGACGUAGCCGAUGCCUUGAAUUACCUCCACAACUUCACCAACCCUCCUUACAUCCACAAGAAUCUCAACACCAGCAACAUCCUCCUCGACUCCAACAUGCGUGCCAAGCUCGCCAAUUUCGGCCUGGCCAGGGCCUUGGAAUUCGACAAGGUCACCACCAGACAUGUUGUGGGCGCACAAGGAUACAUGGCGCCCGAGUACAUAGAGACAGGCCUCCUCACUCCCAAACUCGAUGUCUUCGCCUUUGGGGUGAUCAUGCUGGAGCUCCUAUCCGGAAAAGAGGCCGCUGCGGAUAAGUUGCACGAGAGCAUAGACGGGGUGUUGAGCGGAGACAAUGUGAGGGACAAGCUGCAAGGAUUCAUGGAUCCCGAUCUCGACUACCCCUUGGAGCUCGCCUACUCCAUGGCUCAACUUGCUCGUAAGUGCGUAGGUCACAAUGUGGAUGUGCGGCCCCCCAUCUCAGAAGUCUUGCUGGCUCUUUCCGAUCUGCUCUCCUCAUCCACCGACUGGGAGGAUACAUCCUUCACCUUCACCGACUAGCUAUCUAUCUCUAGUUUGUACUACAUCACAAUACAGUAAAGGAAUCAAAGACAGAGAAAAUGGAUUUGGUGUUCUGGUAUUCUAUGACCAAAGGAAAUAUAAACAGAAAUGUCAUUAAAAUUAAUAAAGAUUGUUGGGGAGCUUGGAAUUUACGAUUCUAUUUUCUGAGAUGGCUGAUUUAAUUGACCUCCUCCUCCUCCUCCUCGAGGUGUUUCCACAUGAUCUUCUGUGAUCCUUGGGAGAUGCAGCUGAAAAGCCGUCCAGUAGAGGGAAAGAAGACGACGUUCCAAACGCAAUAUUUCAACUUCAAGUGUGGCAAUCUCUCUCACCAGCUCGGCAGAAGGCUGCAUAUAACAAUCAACAUGCAACCAAUAUAUAAGUCUACAAAGUUUCAAAGCUGAACUGCUGAAAAGGGCAUGCUUAUUUUUGCAUCCUAAUUCAAGGAAUUGCUGCAUAUAGGUUCUUGUCAUUUCUUUUUGAGCUAAAAACACAGCUAUGGGUGAAGAAUUUUUACUUCAAGAAGUGCAAUUCUAUUAUUGUACGAAAUCUUGAUUCAACAUUACAAGUAGAAAGUAGAAUUCACGAAGUAAAGCAUAUGGGUACCUUAGAUGUUGUGUUGCAAUGGGAAUGAGGAGAACUAAUCAAGCUUGUGGUGUCUGAGGCACUACUGUUACAUACUUGCAUGUAUGUUUUUUCCAAUGCUUAGUCUAGAAUGUAA